ACCCCCACCCUGUGGCAUCUGUGAGGUCACCCUGCCUCUCCUGGCUGGAGGAAUGCAUGGAGGCCACUUCCAGGGUCAGAUCCGGCCUUCCCAGAAUUCUGCUGCGGGUUGGGAGGCUCUUUGCACUGAGGGACCUGUUUCUAUCCUGCCUGCAUAGCCUGAUGCUGGUGGCUUUGCUGCUGCUGCUGCUUACCUGGAAGGUGGUGCAGAAAGCCCAUCACUUUAGUCUGGGCUGGCUGCCCAGCCAGGAUUCUGUGUUGCUGGAAACCCUGGCCCUGCUGAGAAGUCUAUACCUGUGGGUGGAGCACAGGACCACACUUACUCUCUGGAACCUGGCCUAUUUUGUCACCUGGAUGACCUGCCUUGCUUCCCAUCUUCUUCAAGCUGCCUUUGAACAGACAGCCCAACUGGCCCAGGCCCAGGAGGCUGAAUCCCAGGAAACCUCAGGGCCCCCACCUCAGUUUUUAAUUCUAGAAUCCUCCACCACUGAGUCCGGACCCCUCCCACCCCAGCCUGAAACCCCUGGAGAAUAAAUGUGUCCCCCACCCGUC